AUGGCGGAAUGGGCUUGGGUUAUCUACACUAUCUUAGAGGUGUUGGUUGCCGUGGCAUGUUGUCUAGGUAAUGUGUUAGUAGUGUGUGCUGUGUGUGUCUGUGUCCGCAGCUCUCUCAAAGAGCCAACAUUUUGCUUCCUGGUGUCACUGGCGGUGGCUGACUUCCUGGUGGGCAUGGCUGCUGUGCCUCUUGCCGUGCUAUUGGAUGGUUGGGUGUGUUUGACCCCUGAACUAUGCCUACUUCUCAGUUGUGUGGUGUUGGUGCUAACUCAGGCCUCUGUCCUGUCACUGCUGGCUAUUGCUGUGGACCGCUACUUGCGUGUGCACACACCUCUCAGGUACUAGGACUUGGCCACUCAGAGGAGUUUGUCGGUCGCCGUAAUCCUCUGCUGGGUCAUAUCAUGCCUGCUAGGUUUCGCUCCUCUGUUUGUCUGGAACAACUACAGCAACCUGGCAACCCUCAACAACACAACCACCACCUCCUCUUCCCUUGACACCUCCUUCCCCCUCCCACACUGCACCUUUCUAUCUGUUGUCUCCCUCCCAUUCAUGGUUUACUUCAACUUCCUGGGUUGUGUUCUGGUGCCCCUGCUGGUCAUGACCCUGCUCUACGCCCGUCUCUUCUGGUACCUCCAGGGCCGUCUGCGAAACAGUCUGCCCCAGGCUCGGGCCUCCUUGCUCAGGGAGAGGAGGCUGGCUAGCUCCUUGGCACUGGUGCUGGUCCUCUUUGCUGGCUGCUGGAUGCCACUGCACAUAAUGAACUGUGCUCUUCUGAUACGGGGUCCUGAGGCUGUCCCAAAGGAGGCGUUGUAUGCAGGUAUCCUGUUGUCCCAUGCUAACUCGGCAGUCAAUCCGGUGGUCUAUGCUUAUCGCAUCCCCAAGAUCCAGCAGGCCUACCACCAAAUAUGGAGAUGGUGUGUGCAGGGGGCGGGCUGUUGCUAUAGGGAAGAGAGUGGUAAUAUGUAAUUGACAGGGAGUGGAGCCAAUCGCAACGCAGUGUAUGUUUCAGGAGCAAGAACCACACCCUGAAAACCCAAAUGGGGAGUAUAUGUUGGGAUGUUAUCCUUUUGGGACUUUUUUGGAUAUUUAGCUUUCCAGCCAAGCCAAUUUAAUUAAUGAUUGUAUAUUUUUAUAGUCAGUCAUAAUUUUGGGGGGAAUUUCUGAAUAUGUUUGAGCUGUUCCACUUAUUUUGACCUCUCCAUUACUUUUCCUUUGUCACAAAUCCUACCUGUCACUUCUCUAUCCAAGUUUUUUUCUCCAUGGCUCCACUAGAGGGUGGUAACUACUAAGAGACAAAAUUUUGUUGGUCGUCUCUUUCAAUUAACAUCUUGCCACCAUGUGAUCAGUGGUUCAUGAUUUGAUAGAAUCAGAUGCAUUUUCACUUCAAAGAAUGAGAUGCUUCACAUACUUCAGAAUUCAGCGAUUUAUUCUUUAUGUGUAUUUUUACCUGAUAAAUGUCAAAACAACAUUGAUGCUUACAUGUGCGUACACAGAAUUGUUUGUGACAUAACUUUUUAAAACUAAUGUCCUUGCCCACUUUUGAAAAAAUAAUAUGUCAUUGUUUAUAUAAUAAUUAAUGACAAGCACAAUGACAAGCUCUUUCGAGAGCAGCACAUAAGAUUGGACAGGCAGUUGUGGAACAUCUAUUUGUAAACGUGUCAGUGUUCAUACUGUAUAUCCACAUGUGUGAAUGUGUCUUAUCAACAACAACAAAAUAUGAAAGUGAACUUUACAAUAAACCGCUGUUUGGAAGAAUCAACAUCCUACCGGUAUCAUCUUUAUUUUUAAACGCAAGGAAAG